UUGAUAUAUCUUACAUAGAUUCAUUGAGAGAAGUAGGGUGAGUGCACGGUAUCCGUGUACUGUUUUAUGUACCUCUACAUAUAUGGAUACAGUACCCGUAACCCCUAGAAACUUAAUGCGAGUGCGGGAACCAGCAGACCUUAUUCCGUUUAAACUUGCGGGUCCCAGCUGAGCCGUUACCCGGCAACGCAGAAACACCCCUCUGUUUUCCUACGAUGGCUUUGCCAAGACCCAUAGACUGCAACCUGCUCCAAUUACUGCCCCGAGCUUCUACUAUUGAACCGCAGUUUCACUCACAAACAUCCCAAUCAUAAUCGACAGAUCUGACCUGAUGUGCUGGCAACCCCCAUACUUUGCUGCUUUUCCCCUACAAUCUCUACAAUCUACAAGUCCCCAAAUCCCUUACCCUUACCUCAUGCUUGCCUAGGUGCUUAGCAGCCGUAAUAAUCAUAAUAGUUCAACGUAUUAUCGAACGGCAUUGUUGAUCCAUCCGUCGGGGCGUCCCCACGAACACACUACAUUCUAUUCGUACCUCACCGCCUCAUAUGGUAUCGUCUUCUUCAACUGCGUAUUUACUCCAUCGCCUUGCAGCAACCACCCAAAGCGCUGUAAGGGAUUUAGAGUAAAAAUCGAAUUCCUCUAAGCCGGUUCCCGAUUUACAGACUCAAUCGCCGCAUAUUCCAAGCUGGCGAAUAACCAAUUACUUACACUGCGAAUAUCGGCAUGAUGGGGUCGGCACCACCGUUACCCACGCGGUUUCCGUGCUGGUGUAGAGCCGUUUAUUCUUGGGGAGGAGAAUCACAACACGAUCUCGGAUUCAUCGAGGGCGAUUUAAUAGAAUGUUUAAACGCAGGAGACGGAUCGUGGUGGACUGGAAGGCUACGGCGAAAUAAGACCGUCGGCGUCUUUCCGUCCAAUUUUGUCGAGGUUCUACCCGAUGAUUUUCGACCAAUUACGAGAUCUGCGAGUCCAUUGACUUCGAGUCACUCCCCGAGUCCUACAAACACUCCGCACAAGUCCAAGUCGCGAAACUUCCGCAAACCAUUCGAGGCCUACGCAAAGGCACCUCACUACACAACGGCAAAACAACCCGAAAUAAUAAGAACCGCAUCCAACACACCGCCAAGAAAGAAUUCCGCUAGCUCCUUUAGGAACGAUGCGCGUCGCGGUAUUGACCGUGGCCCGUCGCCGGCUGAGGCUCGGGGACAUGGAUCAAGAGGCCCGUCGCCGGCACCUCCGCUGGCGAACUCCUAUGCCCCUAGAGGCGCGUCUCCUAUUCCUCCCAUGCACUCGCACUCGCAUUCAUACCCGCAAGCCCACCCGCGUACGCACUCUAGGGGCCCUUCACCAGUUCCUCCACAAGGCUAUGACUAUAGCCGAGGGCCGUCGCCCGUCCCGCCUCCGGGUCAACAACAGUAUGGUUCCAGGGCUCCGUCGCCGGCUCCGUCAUUCAGUUUCAAACCAUACCGCCCCGGAGCAGAGCGCGACUCACCACCACCUCCGGCUCCGCCGCCCCAUCGCCACGUAAUUACAAGAGGAAACUCAAAUGCGUCUCACAUGUCCCGUGCAUCUUUUGAUAAUCGACGGCAGGAAGGAUACCACACACCGAGAGUACCCUCACCACUUCCCCAAUCCCCAGCUGGCGACGGAUAUACCCCCUCGCCCCUACGAGAGGCGAUGGACGGCGUGAUCGAGCAAUUAGACGCGUUAGGAAUGACACGCGAGCGUUCAACGGAAUCCCCAGAACCGCAUUUAGAUCCAUGGUCACCGGAGUCCUUCGACCUCGUGCAUCGCCGUUCAAGAAAAAGAGCGCAAACCAGACCCCUCGCCUCUAGAAGUAUGCCUUUUGAAGAUUCAGGGUAUGGUGGCUCGUUCAACGGCGGCUCAUCGCAAGAAAGUACAUACCACGGCAAUGUUCCGAAAGAGCAUCCGCUGCCGCAGCUGAAUAAUUACGUGGAGAGGAUGGAGAAUCGGUUUCGAAAGAUGCAUCAUCAAAGUUCGAAUGCGGGGAGCAUGGACAAUGAUGACAUGGGUCCCCCGCCGCCACCGCCACCUAAGAAUCCGAUCUAUAGUCGGCCGAAGUCCUCGAUGGGUGAUAAUGAUCACGGGGGAGCACGUAAAUUCCUACGAAAACAGAAAUCGUCCUAUGAGGUUGGGGUAUUGGACAGAACAGGUACGAAUAAAACAAAUUCGACGAAUGCAUCGUCCGGUAAUAGGAGUACCGCGACGAACAGCACUCAGCGAAGUUUGAUGAGUGGCGUCUCGGCAGGCGGAAUUAGCGCUACGAGCGCUGGUAGCCUGGCGAGAAAGAACUUUCGUGCGCGGAGUGCUUUGGGAUUUCGAGAUGCCGACAACGAUGACGAUUGGGAUCCGAAUCGGCCGGUUACGCCAUUUACAGGAGUGUCUUAUCAUCCGAGUCACUCCACAUCUGCAAUGAGACCCCAAUCCCAAGCUGGUUUCAACGAUGACGGGAUCGCUUCUAUAGGAGGCCUCGUGCAACCUGGAACCACAAAACCUAAGAAGCAGAAUUUCAUCAAGAGAAUUCUAGAGGCUACGAAGACAGGUGUUGCCGGCAGUCGCAGUAGUAUUGCGACUGGUUCGGGCUCUGGGCAGGCUUCGCCGACUAGACGGUCGAUAGUACCUAAUGGGAUCACGGCCUUAGCGGGUGGUGCUAGCAGCACGAACCUCGUACGAGACGCGGCAACCGAUAUGGGACUUACGAACGGGGUGGACUGGGUUCAAGUACGAAGAGAUGUGAACCGUUCGAAUACAUUGAGUAAAAAUGAGCGAACCGAGCGACGCGAUCGCUGCUUAAUGCUGGAUUAUCCCGCAAUAGAUCCCGUCGAUGAGCUCUACGAGAGCGUCCAGGGUGACGAAGGCGCCGAUUCCAUGCCAGUCCGCGAGCCGAUCAACUAUCAAGUCAUAAAUCUAAGUCAAGUGGAUAAGAAUUCGCGCUUCAUCAGCAGCCUGCCGUCAAUGACGACAGCUGUUACUUUGGCGACAACGUACGUCUGCAGGCCAUAUAAAAGUGAAGUCCAGCGUCUCCGAGCGAUCUUCACUUGGGUUGCGGAGAAGGUCAAUUGGGAGGAGGAUUUCGACGGGGACAUAGAUACGCGACGAGCCAUCUCGACUAAGCGAGCAUGCUCCGAAGAAUACGCCGUUCUUGUUCAUGAGAUGUGUGCGGCGAUCGGAAUACCCUCUGAAGUCAUUCGUGGCUACCUCAAGACUCCGGGUGAGGUUCCUGAAACGGGCAUGAUGCCUCGAUCAAAUCAUUUCUGGAACGCUGUCAUCAUCGACAAUGAGUGGCGCAUGAUAGAUUGCUGCCUCGCAAGCCCGUCAAAUCCCCGCCGCGGACUAUACUCGGGCGCCAGCAGUGCAAUUGCAGAAUCUUGGUAUUUCCUCACUCGCCCUUCCGAGCUUUGCUGGACGCAUAUUCCUGAGCAUCAUAGCCAACAACACAUCUGUCCGCCGGUUGCUCACGAGACAUUGCUUAACUUACCUGGCGCUUGUCCCCCGUUCUUCAAGCAAGCGAUUGCCAUGGUCGACUACAAUACCUCCCUAACUCGCAUCGAGGACCUCGAGAUGGUACACAUCAAGUUCAACGUACCCCCUGAUAUCGAAGUAGCAGCGGAGGUCGAAGUCCGAGGAUUCACACGCGAUGCAGACGGCGACUUCUUCGAAAACGGAGAAGUAGUGAAGAAACGCGCGCUCGCACAAGCAGAUUGGUACAAUGGCGGAAAGCGAUACACGGUAAAAGCGCUCCUUCCGGGAGACGAGGGAAGUGGAAUCCUGAAGGUCUACGCGGGCAAACGCGGACUUAUGCAUAGCAUCAAGGAUAUACCGCACCCCCUCGCGUUUGCGCUGCCGAUCAUGCACACAGGCGAAAACCCUCCGUACGAGUUCGUCACUCGCCACCCAACGCCACACGCGCAGCGUCACGACAUAUACGUCGUGCAGCCGCAGUGUCAGCGCCUCGCGCUAAACAACACCUUCGUCUUCGCCAUCCGUCAACACCCGUCCUUCCUCUCGGGCGGACCGUCCAGCAACCCAGGUGGCACAAGCCCGACCCCGUACGCGCGGCCCGGCAGCGCUAUGAGCAUGUCGAGCAGCGCAGCGGCAUCAAACCCCAGCUCGGCAACGGGCAGCAUAGCGGGGAAGAAGCCGGCGAAACUGGCAAUCCAGACUCCUGGAGGCAAGAUCCUCAGGCUCAUGCGCAAGGAGGACCGGAGCGGCAGAGGCGGCAUCGGGGUCGGCGGACGCACGCCCGCUGAGGAAGAGGCUAGCGACGGCGGAACGUGGGAGACUAUCAUCAAGUGCUCCGAGCGCGGGGUCUGGCGCGGCCUGGUGCUCGCUGACCGCACCGCUAGAUGGUGCGUCUUUGCCGAGUGGGUUUGCAUCUAGAAAAGUCUUCGGUGCGAGCGUGAGCGCUUGCUUGCCCCAAUCUCUCCGCACCAGCUUCGUGCGUAGCCUACCUAGUCUGUAGUGCAGUUCUGGCGUUCCCCCAACUUUCUACGGCACACCACCCCAAAAUCCCCAAGCCCCA